UCGUUCGCGGGCUUUUUUGGUCCGUCCCCGUCUCCCCCCCUUCUUCUCCGUGGGGCGGCCCGAGUGGGCGUGGCCCCGCGCGCUGGCCACGCCCCCUCGCCCUCCUCCCUCCGCGACUUCGGACCGUCCGCUCCGCUGCCCCCCUCGACCCCGGCCCGGCCCGGCCCGGUCCGGUCCAUGGCGUCCCUCCUGUGCUGCGGGCCCAAGCUGGCCGCCUGCGGCAUCGUCCUCAGCGCCUGGGGGGUCAUCAUGCUGGUCCUGCUCGGGAUUUUCUUCAACGUGCACUCGGCCGUCCUUAUCGAGGACGUACCCUUCACGGAGAGUGACUUCCAUGAGCCCAACCCUCAGAAGAUCUACGAUCUCUAUGAGCAAGUGAGCUACAACUGCUUCAUCGCCGCUGGCCUCUACCUCGUGCUGGGUGGCUUCUCCUUCUGCCAGGUCCGACUCAACAAGCGCAAGGAAUAUAUGGUCCGUUAGGAGGCAGGGGCCGGCCCCCACCCCCUUCCCCGGGCGCCAAACCUUUCCCCCCUCAUUAUUUAAAGACACGCACCCACCCCAUCUUCACCCUCAGUUUCAGCCGUAGAGACCCGGGUUGGCUGGAAGCCGGAGGCCAGAAGACCCCUCCUCCUCACCCACCCCUGGAUUAUCCUGUUUUUCCCCCGCCCAUCUCCACCCCGUCUCCACCCCACCACUAAACCAACCUUGCAUCUAGCUGGAUCCUGUAGAGGAGGACACGAGGCCCAGAGGAGCACACACCCCGUCCCGUUCUCUCUCCCCCAUGACUCCCACCCCCUGCCUCAAAACAAAAACAGAAAUCUUUGGGUGAUGUGAAGGGACCUUGGCCUUUCUCCCCCAUCUCCGGAUACAAGGCCCUAAUAAAAUGGAGCUGUGCUAUUGCUUGUGA